AUGUGGAAAUUGGGAAUUGUCCUUCCCUCUGGUUAUGAAUCUCCAUUACACAAAGGAGGCAACGGAAAGCUUUCAUCCCUAGCAAUUGCAUAUUGUUUAAUAAGGAAGAAGAAGAAGAAGAAGAAGAAACAUGGGCAAAGGAGGUUGUGUGGGCGGACAUCUGGUUACAACAUUUUAUGGUUCACCUGUUCCUUUGAUUGGUCUCUACAUUGCAGCCGCAACAAUGCCGGAGCAUUGAAAGGCAUGACCACCGCUUUGCUAUCCAUUGCCAUCGGUCAGGCACGGUAUCUGACCCACUUUGCUCGUACUCACAUGGUUCUUCAAUGGUUUGCUCAAGUCCAUGAAAAGACUGGGACUCUUAUGAAUGCCACUAUAAUUGUGCUUAUUGCUAUAGCCAUUAUUGCCUUCUUCACCAGCCUUGGUAUCCUCUCCAACCUAGUCUCCAUCUCCACACUCUUCAUCUUCAUGAUGGUUGCCAUUGCACUUCUAGUCCGCCACUACUAUGCAAGUGGGGUGACGAAACCAGUGCACAGGAACAUAUUGAUCCUUUGCUUGACACUCAUUAUUGGAUCCUCAUUUGCCACUGCUGCUUGCUGGGGUAUAAGUAGCACUGGAUGGAUCGGAUACGCGAUUGCUGUGCCAAUUUGGUUCUUGGCAACCCUUGCGUUGUGUUUGUUCGUUCCGAAAGCAAGGGAACCAAAGCUAUCAUUCCUGAAUGAUACUCCAUCAUGUGUUCCUAUUAGUGCUACUUGCUAGCAUACUUGAUAUCAGCGGCAUACAUAUCCCUCUCCCAAAAAAAAAUAAAAAACAAAAUAAAAAAAAUAAAAAAAAAAAUAAAAAUCUCUUUUUGAGGUUGAAGAAGAAUUAUUUUAAAGAAGCAAAUUAAGUUGUUAUUGUCUCUCUUAUUUAUUUAUUUCAUAUUUGUAAUUUCAAUACAAUUUCAUACGACACCUUAGGACCUUGAACCCUUUUCCAAUACUUAUUACUAACCAUUUUCCUUUUGUUCUUUGAA